AUGGCUAUAGCUGCCCACUUUAAUCUGGAAGUCAUGCAAAAUGACGUAAUAGGAGCAUUCCUUAAUGCAACGAUCACAAAGGAGAACCCUAUGCUGUGUGAGCUUCCUGACGGUUUUAAGGAACCUGGAAUUAUGAGGAGUUCUCAGGAACACUCCGAUCAUUAG